AUGCCGCCGCCGCUCCCGCCUCCAGACGAGCAAGAGUUCGACCAGCCUCAGCUCAUCGGCGGCCUGCCGACGCCCGACCUCCAUGCCGGAAACAAUCUGUUUUGGUACUUUACUUCGUCGCCAUGGUUCGACUCGGAAUGUAUCAACAUCGACGUGUACCUGAACCUGCGGCAAAACGACCCGGUCGUGGCCGAGAAGAUCAUGAACGAUCCCAAGCUGUGGCAGCAAAGACUCGACGACCAGCCUGAAGGAACGCAGUAUGUCAUCGCAGGCGAGGGGCAGGGCGAGGGUCAUCCGUGGCUUCUGCAGCGCCAGCACAAGGUCCGGAUCACGGAGAACGACAAGGAGCGCAUCGAGAACUUUGUCGAGGGCAAUUGGUAUACGCAUGGGACAAAGAUGCUCAUGGCGCCGAGCCUGCUGGACAUUGUGCAGAGCCGGAUGCUUACCGUGUCGACGCGGAUGCAGCAAAUGGUUGAGCUGUCCAAGAGCAUGACGCACUGGACGCCGGCAACCGGCUACUCGUAUUUCCCUCGUUCGUACGAAACGGCAAAAGCAGCGACCACGGCGAGCCGGGUGGGCAGUCCGACGCUAGCGCCCACGGAUCCAGAUGCUCCCGGUUCGCAGGCCCCAGGCGCUGGCGCAGCGGCACAGGCACCAGAUGCAAUGGCCUUUGCGACCGAGUUCUCCGACGCGCUACUUAUGCAUUCGCUGAACCUGACAAAUGCCUAUGGCGACGAGUACAUGGACGAGAAUCCGCUCAAGGGCGAGCCCGGCGCCUUUGUUUUUGAGGGCACAAAGACUGCCGUGCAUGCGAGGAACAAGGCCCAGGAACAAGCGGCUCAAGCUGCACCACCACCUGCACUACCUGCACUACCUGCUGCUUUGAAGAUUGAUACCGCCACCCCCAGCGCAGUGCCAUCGGCCGCAGCCACGCCAAAGGUGGCCACACCAGCAGCUAUCGAAGGGCAUAGUAGAAAGAGCAGUGUUGCGCCUGGCUCCAAGAAGAAGAAGGAUAGGCGCAAGAGCCAGGCUGGACUCACUAGCCCAACAACGCCCAGUGUGCCGCAGAGUGGGUAGUUGUAGUGAUGUCAAGAUGUUUCUAUUUUUUUUUCACUUGGUCUUUGCCUAGUUCUUUAUUCAUGAUACCCAAUAUCAAU